ACACAUCAGCAGAAAUUCAGUAACGCCACAUUCAACCAUAGCAGGCAGCCUCCCGAGCCCAGAACCACACAGGUCCAAAAUGGAGUAAGGCUGAACACAGGGUUCCGGGCUCCCACUCAAUGUAAUUACACAUUCAAUCGCAGAUUCCUUCGUCCGUGGAAAAACAAGUCCUGUAGCACCCACAGAGAGAUCUUCGUCUUUCUUUCCCCUGCUGUGAAGUGAGCUGCGCAAAAACAGGUAACCAGUCCGAAUCGGGCUAGCUUAGCAUUAGCAUCAGCGGCGGCUAAUGCUAAUGCUACUGUUAGCAACCCCUGUUAACUAAUACAGCUAUAAUCAUGCAAUCCACUAAAGCAUUUAAGUCCAGUAUCAUCAUGUAAUCUUCUGUAAUUGCUGAAAGAUUAGUAAUGUAUUAACUAGCAUGCAUGUUGCUGAUGUUAGCUCCUCUGUUGUCGGUGCUGGUUUGAAUGGAGUUCAUUGGAGCCGUCUUAGAAGGAGGGAGCUAGCAUGUCACCGCUAACUCAGUCCGGACUUAUUAGACUUUAUGGCUCUGUGGAAAAACAGUGGAGCUGUUCUGGAUUUUCUUUCUGAUUCCCACUUACAUAUGUAAAAAAUAUAAUGCAUGAGUUACAUUUUAAAUAUGGCUUUGAUUGGUAAUGUAAGGGCACGUUUACGAUGAUAUUUGCUAGCUUAAAGCACACGGACUGGUAACAUGCAGACUGAAUUUCUGUGCAAACAUGAGGAGAACAUGCAUUAAAAAGACGAUUGUCGCUUUCUGAGUAGGGGAGAGUGGGAUAAGAUGAGCCAUUUUUUCAUAUUUCGGAUCACAUCAAGACAAUCAUAGCUUUGUCUCAAACUAGUGUAUCUGCAUAUAUUUCAAGAUGUGCAUCCCUGCAAACCAACAGAAUGAGUGUAAGCAUAACUGUCUUGAUAAUAUAGCAUGCCAAAAAAGUAGUCUCCUAUGGUCAACUUACCCCGUGUAUGAGGUAAGUUGAUCAAUUUCUUUUACCAUUUCCAAGCAACAGGGGGUGGCUCAACUUAACCUUUGGCUCAACUUACCCCACUCUCCCCUAAGUUUGUCUUCAUACAGUAGUAGCAAGCUUGUCACCAAUAAGUCUAUACUUGUGUUCAGGGUAACCUGUUCAGGAAGUACUUACAGACAGUUUUCGGUCACAUUUGCAGGUUUAUUCUGGUGGUAACAGCAGAGCCGUUUUUUUUUCUUUCUGGUACUGUUCUUGUUUUGCAGAAAAGCAUGGAGCCAUCAGAGCAGUCAGGUCCAGACUCUGCCUCCCAGGAAGUGAACCCCGUGUUUCUGCAACAACUGAGAGAGCUGGACAUCCCAGAGGAGGCAGCCAAACAGGUGUGAGCCAGUGGGAUGUCGUCCCAUCUGAUUCUUUUGAUUUACAGAAUCCACCAAUGCAGACUCCAAAUACAAGUCUUGUUUUUGAUUAUGCAGCUGCACAAACCUUUUAUGAACAUUAGUAGCUUACACAAAUCAAGCUUAUCCCAUUUCACUUGGCUUUUCCUCCAUGGCCUGGUUUACAUGCCACAAAAACAAUAUGCAUGGAAUACAACAUGCUAAGAUUCAAAGUAGAGGAAUCAAUUCAGUGUACAGUUAGGCUCAGUAAUGACAUGGGUCAAAUGUCAAAGCUUUAAACCUGUGUUGCCAAAGAGUGAAAAACAAAGACCUCUCUGGAAGAGACACAUCAAUCUGAUCAAAUUUUCUCUGGUAAUUGAGCUCGUGUAGCUUUAAAUCUGGACUGGAUAUUACCAUAAUUUUUUUGUAGUUAUCAAGCAAAGUAUCUUUAUUGUUUCCUGCCUAUGACACUUUUUUCGCUUCAAACAACAUGUAGUCUUGGCAAAAACUGAAACAGUACACCGUUAAACCAAGGAAAUGGGUUAUUUCCCUUUUUAUUUCCCCUUCAACAGGGAACCAGUGUAAUAGGGAUCUCCAGUUGUGUUUUUAUUGUUUUUUGUAAUUGGUUGUGUUUGUUGAAUGUGUUGUGUGUUUGCACUAGCAUAUGGCCCAGAUGUCAUUUAAAAAUCUUUAACAUGUAACUUGUUUUAUUUACUUCAAAGCGCCUAACAGUCUACAAUAUCUAGGGGUAGAUGCAGAUGGUAAAAACACAUGUGAACAUGUGCGUUUUCAGAUAUGACUUGCUCCCCUUUCACAAAAAUAAGUCGUAUCAUUGGAGGCAUUUGAGAAAAGAAAUGACUUGCUGGGUUUUUUGUUAUAAUUUAUUGUUAUCCAGUCCAUGUUUGGCAUCAUUGUUUUCCACUAUGUGACUUUGUUCUUACUCAGGGAGAGGAAUCUUAGAACUAACCAUCCUCGGCUGAUACAGCACUACCAUAGCAGAAAUGGUGACACAGAUAGGAAUUUAAUAUACUUGUGAAUAACAUAACAUAAUAAGUUUUUGAUACAAAUGAUCAUUUCACCUCUACAUUGAUAACAGAUUCUUGUUAAAUGAAUGGAAUCUUCCUUUUAUAAAUAAUAAACCAGUGACUCAAAUUCACUCCUGCCACCUUAUUAAAAUAAUCGCCAACAAUUUGAAAAGUAUCUCUCAGCUGUAGACUGUAGACAUGAAUCCUAUCAGUAGAAUUUCCCUGUGCCCUCAUAAAGGACUAAUUACACAGAGCUGAAUGUCCCACAGCUGAAACUAAGAAGACUGACUGACACUGUGAGGAAUACAUGAAUAAAUUGGUUCCAUACUUAUUCUUUUAGAGUCAGCUGUAAAAGCGUGUACUUUGAAUGGAUAAAUGUGUUGAUCUGUCAGCUAAAGUUAAGACAGGUGUUAACAUUUGACUUUUAUUUUUGAUGACGUCUGAUUUCUCUUUGUUCCUCACCUCUUCAGGCACUUCUGCACACUCGGAAUGUGUCUGCUGAAGAGGCGGCCAUGUACUACUACAACAAGCUGGAGAAUGAGGUGCCAAUAAGCUAGCCUUAGUCCCCACAGGUACACCAUGGUACAUUAGACCUUGUGGAGUUUGUCCAAAGCCAAAUCUCAGUAUCUCUCUGUGUGUGCUCUGACCCUCAGGAAGAGGGAGAUGAUGACCUCAUUUUUAAGAUGGUGUUUGUGGUGAACAUGGACCUUGCCAUGGGUGUUGGAAAGGCAAGUUAAUUUGUGUCCAUGUGGACUGAAACAUGCUGUUUUUCUGAUUCAUCAGCUAUCACAAAUAGAGCAUUUUCCUAUAAUUAACAAUGUCUUAGUCAUGGUGUGCUGUUCCUCUGACAACGUUUUGAUCUGGUUUACUUUUUAAGCCUUUCAAGCUAUUUUUGACAAUUGUUCUCUUUGCUUUCACUGAAAGAUGCUCUGUGUUUUUCUCCACAAAGUCUGAAUCUGAUCAGCAUUUGCUUUUAAUUUAUCAGAAAUUUAAAAACAAUAAAGCAACAACAAAAAAAGUUAGAUGUUCACAAAAAAGUCUUAUGGCAACUGGGAUUCUAAAUGAUCUGUUUGAACCUUGAUUUCUCCUCUGUACCAAAUAACUCAUAGUUACUGUGAAGGUGUUCACUCUGCUUGUGCAGGUGGCAGCCCAGGUCGGCCAUGCUGCUGUGGGUUUGUACCAGGCUCUACAGGAAAAAAACAGCUGGAGGGAGAUGGCCUGGAAGUGGGACCACAGUGGGUAAGGAUUAUGUUGUAUCUAGAAAAAAAAACCUGAAAAUGCAAACUUGUUUUAUGUCAGCUCAUGGUAUAAUGUUAAGAUCAAUUUACUGGUUUUAUAAACCUUAAAUUCACUCUGUAGUACUAUUAGGAAAGGACUUAAUGGACUUUUCAAUCAUUCCAAAAGUCACCUGUGUGAUCUCAAUCCAGCCAUGCCAUUUUCACCAGAUAUUUGGACAAAUUCCCUCUCAGUUACCUGCUAUAUUUCACUUCAUAACUGGUCUGAUUUGAUUUGCAUGCUGUAUAUUUCUCCUUUUAUGUAUUUUUUAAACUGUACUUUAUCUUUUUUAAACUCCAAGUUAAAAAUCACCUUAAAUGUGUGGAUAGAAACUGAGAUCCAAAUUCAGGAUGACGGUCCCAUAACAAAAGUGAACAAGCUUAAAUCCAUGAAAAAGGGCAGUUUAAGACUCUUGAGCGUGCUUCACAGGUAUAACUUCAAGACUAGAGAAUGUCAUUUUUGGAUGCAUACCCUACAUUUGCAUUCACAGCAUGUCUUACAGGCAAUGUGUCUUUUGCGAACGGUAAUCUGGUGUGAAUAGGGCUACAGUGACCAUUUGUUUAAUAGCUACAGCAAAGCAUUAGAGCUACAAGGAAUGACCUCUGAAAACAAUUAACAGUAAUACUCUGAGAAGACUUGAACAGUGCCAACGCAUAAACUUCUGCCCUUGUGCAAAGUUCUGCAGCUCAGACAUCUUUUACUUUGAGUCAGAACAGUUAAAACAUCUUAAAAAUACAACUUGGAACAUCAGUGUCUUGUUAUCUACGUCACUGCACUGCUUUCAGAGGGAGCAAACAAAAAUGAAACAUGUUGCCCCAUCAGCACUCCAACUGCUUUAAUGUAUUCUCAUUUUCAUUCAGACUGUUUUUUUAAACACUUUUCACCCUUACUCCCUUGAAUUAAGGAAGUGUAAUCCUUAAUCUGGGUCAGGACAGCUGUGCUACUUUGGCGUUUUUUUUUUAAAUGUCAUUUCUUUUCCAUAUAUGCCUGUUUUCUGUGACUACUACAAGAUUUCUACACUUGCUUAUUUCAUUAUUCACUUAAAGUCCCUCUCCGAUCUUUUUUUUUAAUACUUACAGUAUUAUCAUGAUAUCAUGAUUAUGAUUAAGAAAACAUGCAUGAUGUUUAUACAGGGCUAAGAAGGUGGUGGUCCAGGGCACCAAUGUGGCACAUCUACUGGAACUGCAGGCCCUGGCCAUGAGCCUCAGCCUGCCCACUUACCUUGUCCAGGAUGCAGGACUUACCCAGGUGAGGAGAAACUGGCGCUUUCAACUCUUUCAUUAGACAUAAAUGGUUUUUGGUCUUAACAGAAGUCAACAAAUUGCAACAAAUCAGCAGGAUCACAAUCUACCUAAUCUUUUUCAGGUAGAGUCAGGGUCCCGUACAGUCCUGGCCAUAAUGGGUGAGGAAGACAUGGUGAACAACGUCACUGGGAGCCUGAAGCUGCUCUGAGAGGCUCAAAUCCAUGAUGGAGAACGCAUAACCCUGCAGUGUCACUAUGCAACCAGCAGAGGGCAGCAUUCUCCAGUGUCACAGAGAGUCCUGGCAUGCAAGAGUGUUACAACCUUAAAAAAAAAAAAAAAGGUUGUAAAGGGAAUGUCCCAAUACCAGAAAACAAACACUCUCAGCCAUUUGUUUCCCUUUCAUUCUUUGUCUGAGCCGCUUAGUCUGCGGUUAAGAGCAGGAGGGGAGAGACACCAGUUCUUCACAGGGGAACAAGAUAAGGGCAGUCUCUUUCUGGUGACCUUUUUCUUUUAUAUCCAGGUCACCUUCUUAGCAGUCUUAAUAGAAUCUUAAUCUGUUUUCAAACCCAUGUUGUCUUUACCCUCAGUUAUGGCAAGUCAAGUUCAGUAUUUUUGUUGAAUGACCAAUGUUGUAAUGAUUCUUAUUCAAUGGGCAGUGUACUGAAGCCCAAUACAUAUUGUUAUGACAAUUAUACCCAUAGCACAUUUAGAGUUUUCCUAUUCCAUCCACUACUCUUAAGUGAAGAGUGACUCAUCAACUGAUAUGUGAACACUCAUUUCUGAUGUUUGUGUGUGGUGUGUACAACCCUUCCCAAAGAUCACUGUCCUAUAGGCUUAAUAACAUUACUUAACAAUAAAUGGCUUUAUUUUGAAUACAUACUCUUCUUAGGGCCAUAUACUGUAUAAUCUGUGGUGUGCCAUCUUACACAAUAUGCACAAUUACUCAGCUUCAUUGGAUUUUUUUUUUUUCUUUAUGUGAAAGGGUGAAAAAUUCCUGAGGAAGUAUUGUUCAGUUUGAUGUUGAGCAGGCCAAAGUGUCAUGUAGUUUAUGUCUUUCCUGACCUAAUGGACUCUGCUGCUUGAUUUGGAAAGUUUACAAAAUUGAAUCAACUUUCUCUUGACAGAACGCAGCUUGCGUCACUUACAGAUGUUACAACCUUGCUGAACUAAUCUUAAUACACAAAGAAUGAUGUGUGAGCUAUUGUGUAUUUAUGUUUCCAAUGAGACUAUUUGUGGGCAUGAGCUGCCACUACCUAAAUUGUCAGUUAACUUAAAAUCAAAGGUUUGUGACAAAAGUGCAUGCAUUAUGAAAUGUAUAUUUGAACUAAACAAUGAAAUCCCAGUCAGCUUUUCGUCACAUUCACACUUUGAUACCUCCUAUGUUAUAUAAAAAAAAAAUGUUUGAGCGCUUCAGACUGUGGAGAUAAAUUAAAUGCCUCUAGAUUAAAAAAAGAAGUCUGGUUGUGUUUUUUGUCCUUCAGACUUGAACAUUCAGACGAUGCAUACAAUAGGAGGUACGCAGGAGGGAGCUGUUCUAAUGAAAGCAGUGUGGGGGAGGGUUGUACAGCCAUGUUGCAGUGCGUUGCCGUUUGGACUGGCCAUAUGACAUUGCUGUUUCACUGCUGUAACAAUAGCACUAUUGUUAGAUAUGGUCAGUGCCUAACAUGGCUGCCUGGCUGCUAAGAUUGUGAGCUGCCCUUCAAUCAUUUACCUCAUGACGUCUCAAAAGACUUUGUCAACAAGAGUCAGAGUGUACAUUAUCACCCAGUAAAAUCGUGAUUUUCCUUCCAUGUUUCCGUGCAUAAACAUUAAAAUCUUCCUACAGCCUCCA